AUGUUCCAUGACUGGGUGCAAUUGCACAUUUUCUAUGAUGGACUUUUUUAUGAAUCAAGGAAGGCUGUAGACCAUUUAUCAGGAGGUUCAUUGAACAGGAAAAAGACUGUGGAAGAAGCCAUUGAAGUGAUUGAGACAGUGGCUGAGAAUGAGUACUAUUAUGCAUCAGAGAGACACAACACUAAGGGAGUCAUGGAGCUGAACCAUGUUGAUACAAUUCUAGCCCAAAACAAGGUGUUUGCCAAGCAACUAGCAGAGCUCACCAGGAAAUUAGAAACAAAGCAAGUGGCUGCAAUACACACACAAGAUCAAGAGGAAGCAAGCACUGAAGGAGGUGAUUGGGAAGAGGCCAAUUAUGUAGGAAAUCAACAAAGGCAACCAUAUGAUCCACAUUCCAACACUUACAACCCAGGCUGGAAAAACCACCCAAACUUUGAGUGGGGAAACCAGCAAAACCAACAUAACAAGUCCACAUACCAAAACUCCAACCAAAGAUCAUAUCAAGCCACACAAAACACUUACUCCCAACCAUCAUAUCAUGGCCAAAAUAGUCAACCUACCCAACCUAAUCCGAACCAACAAUUUCAAGAUCAAUUGAACAGGAUAGAAGGAAUGCUUGCAACCAUGGGUCAAGACAUAACCGAAUUGAAAGCCUUUAAGGAAGAAGUAAUUUCCAACUUGCAAAACCAAGGAGCUGCCAUCCAGAAGCUAGAAAAUCAAAUUGGGUAUUUGUAUAAGCAAACCCCUGGGCCAAGCGUUUCUCAUGCUGCCAAGGCUAUUGCAAGGGAGGAAUGUAAGGCCAUAUCCCUCAGAAGUGGAAAGGAGCUAAAGGAGAUCUCAAGGGAAACCACAGAGGAUGAAGCAAAGGAAAAUGUGAGAGACAAGGAACAGGGACAAUCUUUUACACCGUCUGCAACAAAAGAAAAAGAAAAAGAGGUCCUGAAGCCGUAUACACCCAAAGCACCAUAUCCUCAACGUUUGAUGAAAAGUGAAAAGGAUGGCCAAUUCUCCAGAUUUUUGGAGAUUUUCAGGAAGCUUCAAAUCAACAUUCUGUUUGCUGAGGCAAUAGAGCAAAUGCCACUCUAUGCAAAAUUCUUAAAGGAAUUAAUGACCAAAAAGAGAAGCUGGAGAAAUGAGGAAACUGUGUUGUUGACUGAAGAAUGCAGUGCCAUCAUUCAACACAAAUUGCCUCAGAAACUGAAGGAUCCAGGCAGUUUUCAAAUCCCCUGCAUCAUAGGAGAAGUCAUGGUGGAGAAGGCCUUGUGUGACUUAGGGGCCAGUAUCAAUUUGAUGUCUCUAACAAUGAUGAGAAGAAUGGAGAUUGAGGAAGUCAAACCAACAAGAAUGGCCCUCUAA